AUGCACAACGUGCUAGUGGAAAAACAUGAACAAUUACGGUACAGGUUUUCGGUACCAUAUGUCGCUCAAGUUUCUCCAAAUGAGAUAUUCUCCAAUCGUGGAUGCCGAGAGUAUCGUCUACGAAAUUUUCUUAUAUUUGGUUAUAACAAAGCGUUAUGCCGAAAAGCAGACGAAUAUUGGUGUGAGAUCUACGACGACCGUGGUUUGGAUGUUUAUAAAAAUGACGUGAUAAGGAUUAAAGUCGACACAAACCUAACGUAUUCAAAAAUAGCUGUCAAUGUACCAAAACAAAGAACUGUUCAAGACAAAGAGUUUACUUAUCUAACACUUUGUGAAGUAAAGAUAUUUGCGGAUGCUUGUGAAUAUAAGAGGAUUAUCAACGGUUAUAUGAAUCCCAAUAAAACCGUAUUUGCUGUAAACGAAAAGGCUACGAUUGUUUGCAUAGACGGGUUUCAACCAGAUAUUCAAGAGAUUACCUGUAUGAACAAUAGAUAUUGGGAUGGUAAUGCCCAAUGUAGCCAAGUUACAUGUGAACACCCUGGAAAUCCAAAAAAUGGACUUUAUAUUAUAGGCAAAAUUUUAGAAGGCAACAUAUUUGCUUCAUUCUCUUCAUUGCCUUUUGAAAGUGUUAUAACGGUAAAGUGUGAUAAUGGAUAUGACAGCAAAGGAAAUGAGGUCAGACACUGCCAAAGUAACAGAGACUGGAGUGGUAUCCAACCGGUAUGCAGGAAAAAGCAAUGUCCACAUCCAGGAAAUAUAUCCAAUGGUGUAUUUAAGUUUAAAAAUGAAAGUGUAUACAGUUUAGGCCCUUCAUUUUACAACACAACCAUAUUUGUCGAGUGUAUAAAAGGGUAUAACCUUAACGGUAGCAAACAACUCACUUGCGGUGCAGACGAAACGUGGGGAGAAAACCCGUUUUGCAAUAUAGUUACAUGUGAUUUUCCAGAAAAUCCUAAAAAUGGUUCGUAUGUGACCAAAGACCAUAAUGGUAAAAUAACACCUUAUACUAAACUAAGUGGACACUCUAACUAUAACGAUAUAAUAUAUAUAGCUUGUUAUGAAGGACAUCGUUUUAAUUCAACCUCUAAAAUUCGAAAGUGUUUAGAAACUAAAGAAUGGAGUGGAGAGUCAGGAGGAUGUGUUUUAGUUACAUGUAAAAAACUUGAACAGUUAGAAGGUGGGUUUUUUAAUUAUACAAAUACUGCUUUGUCAGACAGAUUUCCAUACAAUACAGUCGUUACAGUACACUGCUAUCAACAAUUUAAGCUUUCAAAUGCUCAAAACAGAACCCGACGUUGCACUGAGGAAGGAUACUGGGACAGUGAACCGGCUUUAUGCAUCUUAACAGAUACUGAUACUGAUACUAAUGUUGUUGAGAGAAGCAAUGCUGCUAUAAUUGGUGGUGCAUCUGCAUCUGCAAUCGUUUUAAUAUGUGUUGCACUGGUUAUUUUCUUUUUGUAUCACAGGCGAAAGAAACAUGAUAACAAAGGUGAUAAGCCGAGACGUUAUGCAAAUUUUGUAAGAAAGAACAACGCCUCAAACGAACUUGCAGACAUAAGGGAAGGCGAAUAUGCUGAGAUUCAAGAAGCAAGCUAUUCCUCACCAGCUGAUAAUACGACGUCACAUGUUAGCAUAAAGAGUGGAAGCCAGUCUGCCGAUACAAUGUAUAGUACGGCGUAUAGUUUGUCAGAACAUGAAGAGCAUAUGAAACCUUCUAUGGCCAGUUCAGCUUCACUUCAAUCUCGACAAGCUUACUACAGCUUUACAAAUUUAAACAAAGUUCCAAAGUCUGCAAUACCUGUUAAAGAUCUUCCAGAUCUAGUUCUAACUGGAGAUGUUGCAAAACUCAAAUUUGAAAAAGAAUUUCAGAAUCUCCCUCAAGGCAUGGUAGAAGAACACAACGAGGCACGGAAGAAACAGAAUAUUACAAAGAAUCGAUAUAGGAAUCUAUAUGCAUAUGAUGACACUCGAGUUGUGUUGGCUACAGACGACAAAUCGCAAUCUGAUUACAUCAAUGCAUGUUAUGUGCAUGGAUUCAAGAAAGCUAAAGAGUACAUAGCAUCCCAAGGACCAACAAAAGAAAUAUUGACAGACUUUUGGAGGAUGAUAUGGCAGACAGAGUGUAGCAAGGUUGUUAUGCUGACUAAUGUAAUAGAGGAGGGAAAGACAAAAUGUGAACAAUAUUGGCCGGAAGAAGGAAGUAGUAGUACAUUUGGCAGCGUGACAGUUUUUACGGAGAAUACUGAGAGUUUCUCACAGUUUGUGAUACGAAAAUUGAAAAUACGAAAUGAAACUUCAAAAGAGAAAUCGAAAACGAUUACACAGUUCCAUUUCACAGCGUGGCCUGACAGGGGAGUUCCGAAAUAUGCUUCGUCUCUUGUUCAUUUCCUAAACAAAGUUAAAUAUGCUCCAGUGCAUGGGAAAGGGCCAAUAGUAGUGCACUGCAGUGCUGGUGUAGGAAGAACCGGUACAUUUAUUGCUCUAGAUUAUCUGACCGAGCAAGGCAAAGCGAUGGGUUUUGUAGACGUUGUAGGCACAUUAACAUCCAUGAGAAGACAAAGAGUUAGUCUAGUACAAACACUGGAGCAGUACAUAUUUGUACAUCAUGCAUUGGUAGAAUCUUUGAUGUUGUCACCAUCAGCACUGUCUGCCCAAGUCUUCCCAGAGGCGUACCAGGAGUUACUCCUGAUGGACCCUGAGAAGAAGCAACGGAAAAUAUUCGUAGAAUUUGAGACGUUGAAAAGGGUGUCACCGGUGGCAGAUGAAAACGAAUAUGUAACAUCAAAGCUUGUCAGAAAUAGACGAAAGAACAGAUAUUCCAAUGUACUUCCGGUGGAAGAGUUUAUGCCCUCAUUGAUGUCAAACAGUGAUAAUGGAGAAAGUCGUUACAUCAAUGCUGUCUUCCUACCGAGUUAUAAAAAUCGGAAGGCAUUCAUCAUAACGCAAACACCACUUGAAUCAACAAAAGAGGACUUCUGGGGUCUUGUCUGGGAACAUGAUGUUCACACUAUAGUCAUGAUGAACGACAUUACAGAAACUACGGAGUCUGAGAGGUACUGGCCAGAAAAUGAUGAAACAGCUGCAUUUGCAAACAUUGAAAUCACCAACAAUGGUAAUGAGGAAAUUAACCAUCAUCAAGUGGUAUCGCUGUCAGUAAAGAAAUAUAAAGUGAAAAGAAAGGUCAAACAAAUCAGAUGUGGAAGAUGGCCGCAAAAGAAUAAUUUGCCAGACUCACCAGAAGUUAUACUAAAUCUUAUGGAACUUGUUCAAGCCUCGCAACAACAGUCACAGAACCAUACAGUUCUUGUACAUUGCAUGAAUGGCGCAGACAAAAGUGGACUGUAUUGUGUGAUUUCAGCAGUAAUAGAACGCUUGAAGAUUGAACAAGAUGUUGCAAUCGCACAGGUAAUUGAGGAAAUGAGGAACGCAAGGGAACAGAUUAUACCUUCUGUUGAUCAGUACCAAUUUUGCCACGAAGCUGUCCUCGCAUUUAUACAUCAGUACGAUACGUACUCCAACUUUUCCAUGUGACGGAUCAUCAACCGAUGAAAUGGAAAUAGAUGGGAGGAACUGUUGAAGUUUAGUUGAAUGGAAAUACAAUUUGUUUUACUUUCGAGUCCCGUAUUUCAUUGCAAUUAUAGUCAGUUGUACAUAUCAUGUACAUAUAAUGUAUUUCCUAGUUUUAUAUGAUAUUUCGAAAAAAGAAAUUGAUUCAAUGUUACAAUUUAGAAUGUGAAAAUAUCAUAUUGUCAUGAAAUUUUAUACUGUGUCUGCCAUAUGUAAUUAAUUACUAGUACUAAAGUGUAUCUCAUGUAUAAUAACAUUACAACGAUGUUUCUUGAUUCUGCAGUUUUGCACUUGGUUUAUGUAUCAUGUAUAAUGUUCAUAUCAUUUGCCGAUUGGAUUGGGCUAUUUGUAUACACUCUCAAUAGUCAGAUAUAUUUCGAAAAGCUUUUUGGAAUCCAUUGACACUGAAAAUGGUCUUAUGUGUGAAACAAAAUUAAUGUUAUUUCAAAUCAACCAUCUGUUGAAAUGUAACAAGUGAUGUUACCCAAAGGCUAUGUAUUUCUAAUUCUAAUAAGGAAGACACUACACAUCGGAUCAGAUAUUUACACGGCUUAUUAGGAGAACAUAACUAUCAAUUGUUUUCUUGCAACACUAUAUAUUUCAACGUUAUCUUAAGAUCGGAAACACUCUGCUACAUAGAUUUAACUCAAACAGUAUCAUUGAUAAAUAGUCUGUUACCAUAUCAUCCAUAUAAAACAAGUCAGUGUAAUAAAAUACAUGUCACUCUCA